AUGGCGAAUGUUGACCCCGUCCUGGGCCCAGAUUCCGGCUCGACCCACAAGCAUCCCAUCCCGAACCCAAAGGACGUCAACGAUGCCGAGAGCAGCCGUGGCGUCCUGUCCGACGAACUGGCGGCAGGCGAUAUCGACGGCGUCGCCGAGAGGGCGCUCUGCCGCAAGUUUGACUUCCGCCUGCUGCCUGUCCUGGCUGUGAUGUAUCUGUUCAACAGCCUCGACAAGGGGAAUCUCGGGAACGCGCAGACCGCAGGGCUCUCUAGAGACUUGCACUUCGAGCCCGGGCAGUACAACCAGAUCGUAGGAAUAUUCUUCGUCCCCUUCGUCGUCUUCGCCCCGCCCCUGGCCAUGGUUGGGAAGAAAUUUGGCCCGGCUCGUGUCCUACCCGUCUUGAUGUUCUGCUUCGGCUCGUUCACGCUGCUUACCGCCGCGGCCAAGAACUACAGCGGUAUUUUUGCCCUCCGCUGGUUCCUCGGGAUGGCCGAGUCGUGCUUCUUCCCGCUGGUCAUCUAUUACCUGACUACCUUCUAUCGGCGCGGAGAGCUGGCCCGUCGGCUAGCUAUCUUCUACGCCGCCUCCAAUAUCGCCAACGCCUUCAGCGGGCUUCUCGCCUUCGGGCUGUUCCAGAUCAGGUCGACGCUCGUCGAUCAUCCGUGGCGCUGGCUAUUUAUCGUCGAAGGCAGUCUCACCGUGUUUUUUUCCAUCUUUGCCUUCUUCUACCUACCGCUGAGCGCAGCCGAGGCCUGGUUCUUGGACGAGCGGGAGAAAGCACUCGCGUAUCACCGUAUACAGGUCGACAGCUCUUCCGUCGUCAACGAGAAAUUCGCGCUGAGAGAGUCGCUCAGGAUAUUUAGGCGUCCCGUCACAUACGGCUUCCUCGCUAUCGAGAUAUGCCUCGGCGUACCCUUGCAAGGGGUAGCGCUAUUUCUGCCUCAGAUUGUCCAGAGGCUUGUUGACAGCGCCGUCAUGAUCAAUCUGUAUACCGUCGCCCCCAAUGUCACCGGUGCGGUAAUGCUGCUGGUUCUCGCCUUCGCGUCCGACUACACGCGGGUUCGAUUUCCUUUUGUAUGCCUCGGCUUCGCGUUCACCUUCAUCGGAUUCAUCAUCUAUGCCGCGAUCCAGGACGUCCAUGCCCAAAUACGCGUCGCGUACUUUGCGACGUUCAUGAUGUGCUGGGGCACCUCCGCCCCUUCAGUUCUCCUGAGCACUUGGUAUAAUAACAACGUCGCGCACGAGGGCGAGCGCCUGACGUUGACAUCCGUGGGAGUUCCCCUGGCGAACUUGAUGGGGUUGGUUGCCAGCUAUCUCUUCCAGGAAAAAGAUGCGCCCAAGUACGCACCCGCCCUCAUUACGACGGCAUGCUUUGGCGCUACCGGGUGCCUUGUCGCGGGAUGCCUAGGGCUAUUCAUGCUCUUAGAUAACCGGCGCCGCAACCUUCGCCAGGGCGUGGAACUGUCUGCGAAGGAUGUCCCGACCUCGCGAUUGAGAUACGGCCCGGAGGUGGACGAGUUCAGGUGGUUCUUGUAG